UCUCUGUUAAUUUGGUUUCUUCCUUUAAAUGUUGUAGUUAAUUGUUUUUACAUUCGUUUUUAAUUGACGUGGUUAGUUGACCAAAUUAUUAUUUAAUUAGUUUUAGUAAAUUAUAAUUCUUGGAAUUUAAUGUGAUUGAAUUAUGUUCCGAUCAGAGAAACAAGUUCCCAUUGGGUUGAUUGUGGGUUUAGGUGCUGCUGCUUCGGCUGCUUUAGCUGCUUUUUAUGUGCUAACCAGGAAGGAAGAUGAAACCUUUGACCUUGACCCUCGAUUGGAAGCUCCCACUUCGGUACCUGCUUCAUUUCAAUCAGUACAAUCAACAACAGUCCAUAAACAUAUACCUAGAGAGGCAAUUGGAUCGGUUAUUGGUAAAGGUGGUGAAAAUAUCCGAUUAAUACAAAGGAAAACCAAUACUAAGAUCAUUUGUUCAAAUGGCAAUUCAACUGUUGAUGAUUUAGAUCGUACAUUAGUUAUUAAAGGUUCUCCCUCGGGUACUUUAGCUGCAGAUGAGUUAAUUGAUUCCAUUAUUGAACAAUCCUUGGCAUGUAUUGUUCAUAGAGUUUAUAUUUCUCCCAGUGAGGUUGGUUUAAUCAUUGGUAAAUGUGGUUCUACCAUUAAAACAAUUUCAGAAGAAUCUGGAGCCAAGGUUAAUAUUCCAAAGAAUCUCAAAGGAUCAAGAAAUCAACAUGUAGCAAUUGAAAUUAGAGGUGAACCGGUUAGCGUACAAACAGCAGUUAAAAUGAUCAAUGCAAAGUUAAAAUCAAGCAGAUCGAUGAGAUCACCAUCUUUUAACAAUAGUCCAAUUGACAAUUACCGUAACGGAGAUUCAUCAAGUUAUAUUAAUUUUGUACCAACAUAUAUAAAUAUUUCCUCCGUUGGUAUUGAUAAAUUUGAAAGACUCGAGUCCGAAGUGACAAAUGGUUGUGAAAAUGUUUAUGUGGCCAGUGUACAAAGUCCGUCAAAAUUUUGGGUCCAGCCGUGUGGUACAAUAAGCGCUGACCUUGACCGUUUAAUGAUUGACAUGACUGAUUAUUAUGAGAAAAGUGAUAAUCAAAUUAGAGCUCGAUUAAAUAAUUUUAAAAUCGGUGAUAUUGUAGCAGCUCCGCUCAAAGGUGAUGAACAUUGGUUCAGGGUGAAAAUUGUAGCUCAUGAUAAUAGUAAAGGUCAACCUGAUGAAGGUGAAGUAACUGUAUAUUACCUUGACUUUGGCGAUGAGUCAAUUGUUCUAGAGACGCAGAUAUGUUCCCUUCAUGAAGAAUUUUUAAAUCGUUUGAACUUCCAAGCAAUUGAGUGCUCACUUUUUGGCGUUGAACCCAUUUCAAGUGAUUGGAGUGAAGAAGCCAUUAACUAUUUUAAGAAAACAGCUCGAACUUCACUUUGGGAAAAAGUUUUCGUAAAAACUCACAAAAUAAUCAACAUAGAUACUGAACCUCGCCAACAUUAUGUCAUUGAAAUGUUAACUCUUCAAGGCUCAACCGACAUCAGUAUUGCUGAAUCUCUGAUUGAGAAGCGAUUUGCUGUUCCCACCGAUGAAAGUUAACCUGUAAAUUAAUUAAUCCACCAUCAGAAUCACUCCCAAGAUUAAAAAAAACCUUUUGUAAAUCUAAUUAGAUACUCUACUCAAUCUCUCUAUAUAUAUUGUGGCCUAAUCAUCAUUAAUGUUUACCCAUCUUCUUAAAUUGAAUGUAAUCUAAUUUUCUGUCAACCCUAAAAUUUUUCUCAACUCUCAUUGGAGUUAAUUUUCUUGUCUUACAAUCAAAAUUUUGCCAAGUAUAAUUUAUUAUUUAGUAUUUAAUUUAGCUUUUCCAAAGAUUAACAACUAAAAAUAGUUACAUGGGAAUCAAGUCAAUUACAUCCUUGGUUACCAGAUGAAAGGAACAAUUGAAAGAACAUCAAACAAUUUAAACGCAGAAAAUUUGGUUAAUCAAAGAUUAAUUGGAUUCCAAUGUUGAAUUGAUGUUCACUGUGAUAAUCUAAUGCUCAUUUUUAUCCAAAUAUAUUGAUCAUUCAAAGAUUGGAGUAAUGAAGAAGAGGAGAAAAACAAAAUUAGUUGAUAUUAUGUGUGAGUGUUUAAAAUUUUAUUUGUCAAGUCAAAGAUGAAAAUGUUUGUCUUUUUGUUCCGAUGGUGAAACAAUCAACUAAUUUCUAUGAUAACUGUUAAUUGUGUCUCUUCACAAGCCCCAUGGAUCCAUCAUCAUCUCUGGCUCAUCUUCCAUCUCAAUUUCUGGCGAUGACAUUACCAUUCCAACCAUUGAUUUAGUCUUUGAAUAUUGUAAAUCAUCUUUUUUACCCAUAUCAAUGAUUCGUAUCCUAGGAACUUUAAUUAUCUUCUCCAUGGCAAUAACUUUCGUCUUCUCACCACCACCACCACAAUUACAAUUACACUUUCCACCGGUUGGAUAAGCCUCCCAAUCAUCACCACCACCGCCACCGCCGCCACCUCCUUUAUCUUUGCCCAUUUUACCAGCACUUACAUUGGUUAUGGAAAAACACAAACAGAAGCAAAAAGCGAUCACAAUUAAUUUUAAUUUUAAUCUCAUCUUGAUGAUAAUCUCUUCAACUAUAAUCAGUUUCAAUUAUGACAACCUCUCAGCACCACUUUGAUUAUCAUCUUUCACUUGACAGCUCAACCUUUCCCCAAUUAGAGACAAAGACAAUUUUUUUUUACUGCAAUUUGAUCAUCUUUUUUUAAUCGUAAUCAAAUUAUGCAAAAAUGAUUAACCUUUUUUUGCCCAGAUGAACUUGAAUAAGCGUUUCUUUUGUUGAUGGUUAAUUAAUAACUUUCUUUAGCUUAAUUGUGAUCAUAAAAAAACCAGCUAAUUUCAUCUUUUAUUGGAGCAAUCAACAAUCACACUUUAUGAUUAAUUACAAUCAUCACCAAUACAGUGGUGAUUUAUUGCAACUUGAAGGGUACAAUUAAUGUUUACAAUUAAAACUAAAAUGAUUACCUUUUAAUGCCAAUGACCUGAAAUUAUGUAUAAAAAAUAAGAAAGUAAUUAAAUUUAACCAAUUCAGUCCAACAA